AUGGAAUAUCCAAAGCGAUUACAAAGUAGCUAUGUUAAUGAUUGUAAUGACAGUAAAAGAAAACGAUUAAACAUGACAACAACCAAUUCAAACAAUUCAUUGACGAAUUCUAUAAUUCAUUUUGAAAAUCUUUCAAAUGAUAUCAUCUAUGAAAUAUUUGGUUUUCUUGAUUUUCGACAUGCAUAUGAUGCAUUCUUUAAUCAUAAAGAGCGUUUUCAAAAUUUUCUAACAAAUUUAACUCUUUCUAUUCAUAUUGAUAUGUCAUUCAUGUCUAAAUUAGAUUUUCAAAAGUAUUACAAACAAAUUAUUAUACAUAAUACACAUAGAAUUAAAUCAUUCCAUCUAUUAAAUCCAUUUUCUAUUGAUAUAUUUCUCACACACAACUGCAUUAUAUCAAAAUUAAUUCGAGUUAAAACUCUUAUUUUAUAUGAUAUUUAA